AUGCUUUCUACAAUCACUGAAUGGAAAACAGUCGAAUUAUCGACUACGAAAAAGCGAGAUAGGCGAAGACCAAAAAAUAACGGAUUAUUGCUUCGCCAAACAAAGGGUGGUGGUUCUAAAUACUCAUUGUCGAGUGAGUCAGACCCUUCUUCUCCUCAACAAUUCAACGAGGAAGUCAAAAUAUCAGGCAAACCACCUACAGUAAAAUGCAUGGAAUUCGUAAAUGUACCAAGUGAAAAUGAACCAGCACAAUCAAACAGUAAACGGAAGACACGUGCCGUAGAAGCCCGGCACUUGGCUAACAUUAAAGAGAAAGCUCGAGUGAAAGAUUUCAAUGAACGUUUAAAUAAACUACGAGAUGUUUUACCAAAGAUAUGCAAACCAUAUGGAAGCAAACAACUAUCGAAAAUAAACACACUGAAGGCAGCCAUAGAUUACAUCAGAUAUUUGAGAGAUGUGUUGGAAUUUGGUGUCGAGAACUGUGACCGUCGCCGCAACCGUAAAUAUGAAAAACAUUUACGAGACAUCUGUGUUCGACCGACAACCGAUAAUCUCCACGUCGCCAAAAGUUUACCAAAACCCAUGCCUGAACGUCUCAAUGUAUAA